UAGUAAAAUGGAUCAAUAUUAAUCCAGUCUAAUUAAAUUAUAGUAUUGUGGUAAGUAUAAAUAUAGCAUUUAUUCCCUUCACCGCAUAUUAAGCUCAGGUUUUCCCUCUGCACUCUCCAAAGAAUAUCGACCUUGAGAUAGAGAGAGAGAGAAAGAUAUACCAAUUCUUGUACUUUCUCUUCUUCUGUUUUCUCUCUCUGUUCUUGAAGGGCAGAGGGAAUGACAUGGGUUUGCUCGAACGCGAAAUCCCCAAGCUGAUUAAUCAAGAUUUUGUGUUGGGAGUUGAAUUAGAACACUCCAUAAAUCCCUUAAUCGUUGAUCAUGGAAGGAGGUGAUGAAACGAAGGUGAGGAUAGAGGCAGCAGAUGAUGCUGCAACAGCAACAGAAAUAAAAAAGAAAAAAGAGGAAGCGGGAGAAGAAGAGGGGUCAUCUCCGAGGGGCGUGCUGGAGAUACCGGUAUCCGGUGCGUAUUCGGACAGCAGUUUCGAGGGGGAGAAAUCGGGUGCGGCGGAAAGAGGGCUUGCAUGGGAGCUCAGUUAUGGAACUCUGCAUUGGAAGAAGCUGUUUGGGCAGAUAAAGAAGAAAUCUCCCAUGAAAUUCUCGACUAUCCCUUUGCUGGGCGGCUACGGCUACGACUUGUCCAAGAAGGCCUUCAAGAAGAGGCUGGGCAGGAAUCACAGUGCAGGCGAAGCUAUUUCAUGUCAGGAUAUCGUCAUGCCCAAGCCUUCUUGGAGGAAUUUUACAUUCGAACACCUCAAACUAGCCACUAAUAAUUUUAGCCCAGAUAAUGUGAUUGGGAAAGGGGGGCAUGCUGAAGUGUACAAAGGGUUGUUAGCAGAUGGUCAAGUUGUGGCUGUGAAGAAGAUUACAAAUGAACAAAAGAACAAUGAGGAUAGAGUUGGUGAUUUCUUGUCCGAGCUCGGCAUCAUCGCUCACAUCGAUCAUCCCAAUACUGCUAAGCUCAUCGGCUUCAGUGCCGAUGGCGGUCUGCACCUUGUUCUUCAGUACUCUCCACACGGAAGCCUGUCCACUGUCCUACAUGGCGAUUCAGGAGAGGCUAUGGAUUGGGAUAGACGGUACAAGGUGGCGAAAGGGAUUGCCGAGGGGUUGCUCUACCUGCAUUGCGACUGCCAAAGGCGCAUAAUUCACAGAGACAUAACAGCUUCAAACAUAUUACUCUCUGAAGACUAUGAAGCUCAGAUAUCUGAUUUUGGACUUGCAAAAUGGCUUCCGGAGAAUUGGCUUCACCACGUUGUUUCCCCCAUAGAAGGCACUUUUGGAUACAUGGCUCCAGAAUACUUCAUGCACGGAAUCGUUCACGAGAAGACUGAUGUGUUUGCUUUCGGAGUUCUACUACUUGAGAUCAUAACAGGACGUCGAGCUGUUGAUACCUCUAGCAGACAGAGCCUUGUGAUGUGGGCAAAACCAUAUCUGGAGAAGAACAAUAUCAAAACAAUAGCAGAUCCUAAGUUAGAAGAUAAUUACAACGUUACAGAAAUGAAGCGUGCCAUGUUCACAGCUUCAAUAUGCAUACAUCACUUGCCCAACAUGCGGCCAAACAUGUCACGGGUUGUUAAGCUGCUAAAAGGUGAGAAUGAAGUGGUAGACGUAAAACAGAAGUCGAUGGGCAUGAAAGCGUUGCUGUGGGAUUCUUGCGACUUGGAGGACUACUCUUCCACGACCUACCUAAAGGACUUGAACCGCCAUAUGCAACUAGUCAUGGAGUGAUUCACCUUUUUUUCCAUUUUCAUGUAGUCAAGGAAGUAUUCUCAUAUUAUUGUCUUCUUAUUUUCACUACUUUCUUGAAGUGUUUAUGCUAGCUUGUAUGAAAGUUUAGAUGAGAAGAAGAAAGAGGAACUAUAAUAGAGGAGAAUAUAUCAAAAAAGGAGAUGUAAAUAUACCUUUCUUUUUUUUCUUUGAUUUCUGGUGUUUUUUUUCUUAUUGUCAAGGGAUGUGUAUUGCUUGAAUCCCAAUAUGAACGAAAGGAUGGAAAUGUUUUUGAUAGAUUACUAAUUUCUCAAUUGUGACACAAUGGAGUGUUUUUUGUCCUAGACUCCUAGUUCUCAAGCUGUUUAUUGACCAGCAGUUUCUGAGACCAUGUUAAUUACAUAUAGCUUACAACUCCUCAAAUUUUUAGACACAGAGUUUCAUGGGAAUCCUAAAAGAGGUCGUUCCAGAUUGAAUUGCUCAAAAAUUUAUUUUGUCACAAGAGAUGAUCAAAACUUAAAAACCAUGACUAGUCUUAUAUAUAGCACUAUUUUGAUAUUAAGUUUACCCAAUCAAACAUGAUACUAUAAAACUAAUCCUAUCUAAUCUUAUGAAUCAAAUCGAACAACCCCAAAGAGUAUGCUAAAAUAUACUUGUAAAGCCUUAAGUCUGCAUAGUAUGAACUGUGAAACACUAAUCAGUAGGGAAGUCGAUUGGAUCAUCCACUCUGUCAAAUUUAAACUAGUAUUAUCAGAUUCCGGCUAUUUAAUUCAAGUUCAUAUAGUAGUUAUUUUUUUUUUCGAUCUAUAAAUUUUCGAUAGUAAAUUUAAAAUAUUUGGUUUCUGGCUAAAAAACUUUAAUAUGUAUAAAUUUACUCUCUCUUUUUUUUUUGAGGGAAUGUAUAAGUUUACUCUAUUUAUAUAAGUUGUAUAAAAACUUUAAUAUGUAUAAAUAUUUGGUUUCUGGCUACUGGAAGCUCUUGAAUCCAUUUGAUCGAAGCUAUUAGUUCCGGACUGACCUCAAAUUCCUAUUCAUAUUUGAAUCCUGCUAAGCCUUAAAUCGAUCUACUUAGGGAGUCGAAGGGCGAUGGAGAGAGACGUGGCAAUUCAAUUGGGAAUCCUGAUCUUGACCGUGGCCAUCUUCUACGUCCUUCACACCCUCCCGAAGCGGGCCUUCUCAAAGCUCCGGUCCAGAGCCCGCCCCAACAACCAGGCUCACCGCCACUUCAUCCAAGGGGCCCAGCUCCUCGCCCGAGCCCGAUCUACCAAGACCAAGUCCACCUCCGUCAACCUCGCCAAAUCCGCCGUCGACGAGGCCGACAAGGCGCUCGCCCUCGACCCCCGCGAUCCGGCGGCGCACAUCCUCAAGGCCAUGGCAGAAACCCUCAUGGGCCGCAAGGCUUCCGCGCUCAAGUCGCUCGAUGUGGCGCUCUCGCCGCCGGCGGUGAAGAUGCUGUCGGAGAGGGAGAAGGGCGACGCCCUCAUGAGACGGGCCGACCUGCUCAUCGGCCUGAACCGGAAACGUCGGGUCGAUUCGGCCAUUGCGGAUUUGGUCGAAGCGGUCGGCCUCAGCCCGGAUAACUCUCGGGCUUUCUGCUUGUUGGGCCAUUGUUACCAAAUUAAGGAGAUGAGAGGGGAGGCCCAGACUGCUUUCCAGAAGGCGCUACAACUGGAGCCCGAUUUGAAGGAGGCCCAUGAUGGCUUGGCACGAUUGGCCUCUUAAUUUCAUCUCACAUUUUUUUUAUUUCACUUUGUUUGUUUGAAGCAACGAUUUUAUAAAUGUUACACCCCUCAUGUCUUUCUAAUCUAGUAUUCUCUAUUUUAUA